AGCAACGCUAAUCGUGAUUAAUUAUCCAAACAAAAGAGUUAGCUCCGCUUCUCUCUCUGUCUCCCAAUUACCUUUGACUUCCACUUUCCCGUUCCCCGUCUCAAAAGAAUCCUUUUUCGUAUUUUCUCUUUUCUUUCUCAAAUCUCUCUCUUUCUCCCUUUCUCUACAUCCGGCUCUCUGUGUGUAGAAGAACAUAAGAAGAAGACGACGGGAGCAAACAGUCUCAUAGAAACACCUCUACAGUACCAAUCUUUUUCUUCUUCGCCAUCGCCGUCGAUUUUCACCAUCAUCUUCAUCGGAAGCAGCUCUCCAAUCUGCAAUCGCUAGGGUUUUUGUAUUUUUGUUAAUGUUAAAUUCCACACUGUGUCCGACUUCCUGCAAUCGCGCGGCAAUCGGAGACAUCUGAAGAGCUCUUCUGAGUCCUUUGUCGUAGUUUGCAAAUCCCGCUGCUCACCGGAGUUCCGCAAUGCACCGAGUGGGUAGUGCAGGGAACACAAAUAGUUCUGUUCGUCCGCGUAAAGAGAAGAGGCUUACAUAUGUGCUGAAUGAUGCAGAUGAUACCAAGCAUUGUGCUGGUGUAAAUUGUGUGACUGUGCUAAAGUCAUCAUCUUCCGAGAAAGAUUACCUUUUCACUGGGAGUCGUGAUGGCACAUUGAAGAGGUGGGCAGUGUCUGAAGAUUCUGCUACUUGUUCUGCUACAUUUGAGUCACAUGUUGAUUGGGUGAAUGAUGCUGUCCUUGCAGGGGAAAAUACCCUUGUCUCAUGUUCUUCAGAUACUACUCUUAAGACUUGGGAUAGCUUGUCCAAAGGAACUUGUACAAGAACUCUCCGACAGCACUCUGACUAUGUUACACGCCUUGCUGCAGCAGAAAGAAAUAGCAAUGUUAUUGCUUCCUGUGGCCUUGGUGGAGAGGUUUUCAUAUGGGAUAUUGAAGCUGCACUCACUCCAGUUUCAAAGUCAAGUGACGCAACUGAAGAUGAGGGCUCAAAUGGGGUAGGUGGCUCUGGUAAUUCGUUGCCUAUGACAAGUUUACGGCCCAUUAGCUCAAGCAACAGUAUUACUUCGCACAACACUCAGUCCCAUGGGUAUGCGCCAACUGUUGCAAAAGGCCAUAAGGAGUCGGUAUAUGCAUUGGCAAUGAAUGAUACUGGAUCAGUUCUUGUAUCGGGUGGAACAGAGAAGGUUGUGCGUGUUUGGGACCCAAGGAGUGGUUCAAAGACAAUGAAGCUAAGAGGUCAUACUGAUAACAUUAGAGCUUUGCUUCUAGAUUCUACUGGCAGGUUUUGCUUAUCAGGGUCUUCUGAUUCAAUGAUCAGACUAUGGGAUCUCGGUCAACAAAGAUGUGUACAUUCUUAUGCGGUGCAUACUGAUUCUGUUUGGGCCCUGGCCAGCACCCCUACAUUUAGUCAUGUUUAUAGCGGCGGGCGAGAUCUUUCUUUGUACUUAACAGACUUGGCGACUAGGGAAAGUGUUCUGCUCUGUUCAAAGGAGCACCCCAUCGUACAAUUGGCUCUACAUGACGACAGUAUAUGGGCUGCAACUACCGACUCUUCAGUUGAUAGGUGGUCGGCAGAUGGACGAAAUCCCCAAAAGGUUUUUCAGAAAGGCGGUUCAUUCUUGGCUGGGAACUUGUCAUUUUCUAGGGCAAGGGUUUCUCUUGAAGGGUCUACACCGGUGCCUGUUCAUAGGGAACCCACCCUGACGAUUCCAGGAACUCCUGCGAUAGUGCAGCAUGAGAUUUUAAAUAAUAAAAGACAUCUAUUGACCAAGGACACUGCUGGUUCGGUUAAGCUAUGGGAGAUCACAAAGGGCGUGAUAGUUGAGGACUAUGGGAAGGUGCCGUUCGACGAGAAGAAAGAGCAAUUAUUUGAGAUGGUAAGCAUUCCUUCAUGGUUCACUGUGGAUACGAGGCUUGGAUGCUUGUCAGUGCAUCUGGACACUCCACAAUGCUUUUCAGCUGAGAUGUAUUCAGCAGACCUCAGCAUUCCCGGGAAAGCUGAAGAUGAUAAGGUUAAUCUGGCCCGUGAAACCCUUAAAGGACUGUUGUCUCAUUGGUUAUCCAAAAAAAAGCAAAGAGUUGGAUCUCAAGCUUCUUCUAAUGGCGAGGUUCUUCCUGGCAAGGAUAUCACUUCUAGAAGCCUUGCCAAUUCCAGAGUUGAGGUAGAUGGCAGUGCUGAGAAUGACUCCAUCAUAUAUCCUCCAUUUGAGUUUUCCACAGCUUCUCCCCCUUCAAUUAUAACCGAGGGCUCUCAAGGGGGUCCAUGGAGAAAGAAAAUCACUGAUUUGGACGGAACAGAAGAUGAAAAGGAUUUACCUUGGUGGUGCCUAGACUGCGUGCUGCAUAAUCGCUUACCUCCUAGGGAGAAUUCCAAGUGUAGCUUUUAUCUGCAUCCCAGUGAAGGCAAUUCUUUCCAGAUCCUCACACAAGGCAAACUUAGUGCUCCACGCAUACUGAGAAUCCAUAAAGUUGUCAAUUAUGUGCUAGAGAAGAUGGUUCUAGACAAACCACUUGACAAUUUGAAUCCCGAGGGAACGUUUGCUCCCGGACUUGGUGGAGGACCAUUGCAACAUUCAGCACUUGGGGAUGGAUCUUUCCGCUCUGGACCAAAACCUUGGGUGAAGUCCAGGAAUACUAUAGAGAUAUUAUGCAAUAACCAGGUCCUGUCCCCAGAAAUGAGUUUAGCCACAGUGCGAGCUUACAUAUGGAAGAAGCCUGAGGAUCUGAUCCUCAACUACAGAAUUAUCCAGGGAAAGUGAUGUUAUACACAACUAUUUCCAAACAGGUCAGAUAUCAACUGGCUUCGAGACAAGUGAUCUUUUCCCUGUGUAAAAAUACUUGGGAAUGUAUCUACUCUUCUGGCUGCGGUUACUUUGAUAAUCAGAAACGGGGAAGACCAGACCAAUCAAAUUGCCAAAUAUGAGGCCAUGUCAGAACUGCCUUGAAGAUUGAUGAUGGCGUUCUCUUCCGGCAAACAGGUGGCACAUAAAUUUUGAACUUUCUCUAGCCAUCUUGGGCUGUAAGGCUGGAAGGGAGUGGGUUUCAGGUGGUAGAUGGUCAUUGCUGGUCUCAAUAUCCUGUAGCCAUAAAACAACAGAAUUAGUGUUCAGCUUUGUUCUUUUCUUUUCCGGGUUGAAAUAAAUACCGGUUUUCUCCUGCUUUAUGAUUUUGU